CCUACAGUGGUGCCUCCCCAUGCUCUAGGCUCGUGGCUGGGGGGUUGGGUCCUGGCACCCAAGUUCUGUUUCUGUUGCUUGGACAGCACUAGCUACUGUCACCGCUUCCUCUGCUCCGGCCUCUGCUCACAGCCUCCAGCCCGUUUUCCAUUCAUGGAGUCUGCGGUAAAAUCGGCUUUCAGAGUCCCAGUGAAACAGCUUUUCUCCUGCAUCUCUGCUGACCUCAAGGACAAGGAUUUCCAGACCCAAGGAGGCUUCACAAAGGGCCCAGGAGAACACCACAACCCGAAGGCCCAGGAGAAAAGCGAGCGGGACGCCUUCUACGCUCAGAAGAAAGCCGAGCGUGCAGCCAUGAGGGCCCAGCUCCGGGAGAAAUACCGGCUGCCCGAGAACGAGGCAGACAUGCAGCAGCUGCGGGCAGCUGGCGCAAAGGUGCCAGCGGGUCGGGCCCUCGCAGCACUGGUGAGGCCCUUUGCCGGGUUGGCAGCCCUGGACCCCGGCUCGUGGAAGAACGGAGGCGAGAGCCCAGCGCAGGCCCCACGGCUGUGCCGGCAGCGCCUGCUCGUGUGA